ACAAAGAAUUUGACGCGGUUGGUUGUUUUUACGUUUAUUUGUUUAGUUGUGGAAGGUUGUGGACGUUUGAAGUGUUACCAAUGUAACUCCCAGGAUUCCCCAACAACGUGUGGAGAGAAAAACUUUAAUGCUGAUGCCCACAAGGAUACAACAGUCAGCGGAAGCACAUUGGUUAAUUCAUGGAACGGUGGAACCAGUUGUAUACGUGGCUAUGCUAUAAACGACAAGGGAACAUACUAUUAUCGUGACAAAUCAAACGAAGAGCUUUGGGAUGGAUGCAAGACUCCACAAAUGUGUGCUUGCAGCGAAGAUCUCUGUAACUCUAAAGGGUCAAGGCGCAUCUAUGUGAUCUCAACCUUUCUCUUCUGUUACUUAGCAACGGUUGUUGUACAGAAGAUGACGUUUUGAUAUCUGUUAAUACCGGUUGUGGUAUGAAGAACUAACAUAUUUUUAACAUUGCUAUAUUUGAAGAUUAGUAUUAUAAAUUCAAUGAUCAUAUGAACCUGUAUUUUUUGAAUAAAUUAGGUAUGUGCGUGCUCGUGUAUUAGUGUG